AACUCUUGGAGAUUUCCUGUCUUGUGUGUUUUAUUGAAAACAUUAGAUAGUGGGUGACAAAGUACCCCAUUGGACUUCACUCAAAACCCUCACCUUGCUGUAGUUCCCAGGUUGCUCAGUGCCAUCACCAUGAAUGAAGCAACUGGUCGGGUUGUUAUUCAGCAAUGUCUCAGUGCCAUUUUGAAACUAAAAGGUGCUGAUGAACAGGUGCCAGAAACUAUUGAGAUUGGCCGUGGUAUUGUUGUGUUCGUUUGUUUCCUUGACAAGGCAUCAGAAGAGACAGUUGAAAAGUUGACUAAACAUGUAACCAAUGUUCGUCUCUCCGAGAAUGAUGCUGGCAAGCACGUAUCUGUGUGUGACAUUCAAGGUGAUGUGCUUAUCAUUCCACAAGCUACAUUAGGGGGCCGGUUGAAGGGUAAGGCCAUGCAGUAUCACAUGAAUGUUGAUAAGGUUCUUGGGAAGGCGCUUUACCAUAAGUUUUGCCAGGGAGUGAGGAUGGCUGUAGAGGAGGUGUCAAGUGGUAAUGUUAAGUGUGGAGUCUAUGGGGCAAGACAGAUCCUUAGUAUGGAUACCAAUGGCCCAUUCACUCAUAUAAUUGAUGUGUAAUGAAUUUCACCAUUGAUAGAUAUUGGUAAUAUAAAAUGUUAUUUUGCAUCAUUCCUCAAAUUGUUAGAAAAAAUCUGUCUUGCAUUACAACUGCAGGCAAUCUCAAAUACUGUAUUGUUAUUGUAUUUUCUGGCUUAUAAGACAAUUAUAUUAGUGAUAUUUUGUGGGAAAAAAUAAGUGAUUUUCAAGUGGUUUUUGUAGGGGUAAACAUGAUUUUGUACAUGUAACUACUAUUAGAGCUCGGUUAUCUGAUAUUGCAGUAACCCGAAUAAAUUCGCAUUCAGUUUUACAGUAAAUGACAGGAGUAAGAUGGGUAAAUGGCAGGAGUAACCGGGAUGUGGUACAAAAAAUUGCAAACUUGUUCAUUUUUGGACAGUCUGGUAAGAAAUUACUGUACAGUAUUUGCCGUAAUAUAAGAUGCACCCUCACAUGAGACGCAUCCCUAUUUUACAAGGAUAUUUUGUGGGAAAAAAAACAAUUUUAGUAUGUUUUAUCAUACAUUUAUUGAAAGAUAUUUUAAAGUGGUUUUGUAAGAAAAAAAUGUGUGAUUCUGUGCAUGAAAUACAAUAUUGUGACAGUAUACUGGAAUAAAGUAUUGCUAUACAGGAUGCGAAACUGUCAUUUCUGAAUGUGAUGUUUUGUGUUACGGCGACAGACCACCAGGACGGCACACCUGGUGAUGCCGCGCCAUUGCAGCACUAUGGCUUUUUGUCAUUCACUCAUUGCAAAUGGCUGACAGGCAGAUGAAAGUUUAACAUUACUGUACUUUCAAAUUUCUAGGAGCAUUUUUCAUUUAGAUAAUGAACAAAUGUUUCUUAAAGGUAACGGUCGUUAAAUAAUGUAUGACAAAUAUCAGGUGUGGGUUAUGUAUGCUGGGUAAGGAGAUGAGAUGAUAUGAGCUUCCCUCAUACAGUGGCACCUCGACUUACGAUUGCCCCCUACUUACGAUAAUUUUGAGUUACGAUGUAAAUUUCACCGAAAAAUGUGACUCGACAUCCGAUGAUGUCGUCGACUUACGAUAUUUGUUGGUAC